AUGCCAGGAGGUUAUAAAGGAGAGUGUGGGGACGAUGUGGACCCUAUGCCUUUCCUGACUCCCUCUGAGCAGGAGAAGCUGGAUGCCAUGAGCAAGCCCUACGACAUCAAGAAGUCCUGCUGGGUGAAGGACGAAAAGGAAGCUUUCAUCGCAGCAGAGAUCCAGGCAGAAAAGGGUGAUCAAGUCACUGUGAAGACCGUCAAGAACACUACUCUCACCUUGAAAAAGGAUGAUUUACAGCAGAUGAAUCCUCCCAAGUUCUUCCAGGCUAAUGACAUGGCUAACUUGACCUUCUUGAAUGAAGCCAGUGUCUUGGAGAACCUGCGCUCGCGUUACGUCACUAUGAGAAUCUAUACGUAUUCGGGGUUGUUUUGCGUGACCAUCAACCCUUACAGGUGGCUGCCCAUCUACGGGUCAAAAGUUGCCCUGAUGUUCAAGGGAAAGAAGCGCAAUGAAGUGCCUCCCCAUCUCUUCUCCAUCUCUGACAAUGCCUAUCAUGACAUGAUGAUGGAGCAUGAAAACCAGUCUAUGCUGAUCACUGGAGAAUCUGGUGCUGGCAAGACUGAGAACACCAAGAAGGUCAUCCAGUACUUUGCCAACCUUGGUGCAACCGGAGGAAAACCAUCCUCAGAUUCCAAGGGCUCCCUGGAAGAUCAAAUCAUCCAGGCCAACCCUGUGCUGGAGGCUUUCGGUAACGCCAAAACCACCAGGAACAACAACUCCUCCCGAUUCGGUAAAUUCAUUCGAAUCCACUUUGGGCCAACAGCUAAGCUGGCUGGUGCUGAUAUUGAAAGCUACCUGCUGGAGAAGUCUCGUGUUAUUUCUCAACAAGCUGCGGAACGUGGCUAUCACAUCUUCUACCAACUCCUGUCAGGGAAGUUGCCGGAAAUUCUUGAAAUGCUGCUGCUCACUCCUGAUCCCCAUCAGUAUGUCUGGGUCUGCCAGGGUGUGACUGUGGUUGACAACAUGGAUGAUGGAGAAGAACUGCUGCUCACCCAUGAUGCCUUUGAUGUAUUGGGCUUCACUCAGGAGGAGAAAAUGAGUAUCUACAAGCUAACUGGUGGCAUCAUGCACUUUGGCAACAUGAAAUUCAAGCAGAAGCCAAGAGAAGAACAGGCUGAAGUGGACACCACUGAGGUGGCUGACAAAGUUGCCCACCUCAUGGCAAUCAACUCUGGGGAACUCCAGAAGGGCAUUACCAGGCCACGUGUGAAGGUGGGGAAUGAGUUUGUGACCAAGGGGCAGAACCAAGACCAGUGCAACUACUCCAUUGGUGCCCUGGCCAAAGCCGUGUAUGACAAAAUGUUCAAAUGGAUGGUUGCCAGAAUAAACAAAACCUUGGACACCAAGAUGCAGCGCCAGUAUUUCAUUGGAGUUCUGGACAUUGCUGGCUUUGAGAUCUUUGAGUUCAACAGCUUCGAGCAGCUCUGCAUCAACUUCACAAAUGAGAAACUGCAACAGUUUUUCAAUCACCACAUGUUCGUGCUGGAGCAGGAAGAGUACAAGAAGGAAGGAAUCGACUGGGUCUUCAUUGACUUUGGUCUGGACCUGCAAGCCUGCAUUGAGCUGCUGGAGAAGCCCAUGGGGAUCUUCUCAAUCCUAGAGGAGCAGUGUGUGUUCCCCAAGGCCACUGAUGCUACCUUUAAAUCUGCCCUGUAUGACAAUCAUCUGGGCAAGUCCAACAACUUCCUGAAGCCUAAAGGAGGGAAGAAAGGCCCAGAAGCACACUUUGAGCUGGUCCACUAUGCUGGCACUGUGGGGUACAAUAUCACAGGCUGGCUUGAGAAGAACAAGGAUCCACUGAACGAGACUGUGGUGGGCCUGUUCCAGAAGUCAUCUAUGAACCUUCUGGCUGCUCUCUUCAAGGAGGAGGAGCAACCUGCAGGGACCAAGAAGCAGAAGAAGGGCUCAUCCUUUCAGACUGUUUCUGCUUUCUACAGGGAGCAGCUGAACAAGCUGAUGACCACGCUGCACAGUACUGCCCCUCACUUUGUCCGCUGUAUUGUACCUAAUGAGUUCAAGCAGUCAGGGGUUUGUGAUGCCUUCCUGAUUCUGCACCAGCUGGCCUGUAAUGGUGUGCUGGAGGGAAUCCGCAUCUGCAGAAAGGGCUUCCCCAACAGGCUGCAGUACCCGGAGUUCAAGCAGAGGUAUUAUAUUCUGAACCCCAAUGUCAUCCCUAAGGGAUUUGUGGACAACAAGAAAGCCUCAGAGCUGAUCCUGGGCUCUGUGGGCCUGGAUGACAUGGAGUACAGGAUUGGGCACACUAAGGUUUUCUUCCGUGCUGGAGUCCUGGCCAAGCUUGAGGACAUGAGAGACGAGCGUCUGGCGAAGAUCAUGACCAUGCUUCAGGCCCGACUCCGUGGUGUCUUCAUGAGAAUUGAGUUCAAGAAGAUGCUUGAAAGAAGAAUUGCUCUGAUCGCCAUCCAGCGUAACGUGCGCAAAUUCCUGCAGCUCCGCUACUGGGGAUGGUGGAAGCUCUACAACAAAGUGAAGCCUCUGCUGAAUGUGGCACGGCAGGAGGAUGAGAUGAAGGCCAAGGAGGAAGAGCUGCGCAGUGCAAUGGAGAAGACCCAGGAGAUGGUCAACAGGAUCAAGGAGCUGGAAGAGAAGUUGGCCACCCUCUCCCAGGAGAAGAAUGACCUAGCUUUGGCUCUGGCAGCUGAUCAAGAGACACUGGCAGACGCAGAAGAGCGCUGCACCCAACUGAUGAAAACAAAGAUCAACAUGGAGAGCCAGAUCCAGGAGAUGAAGGAGCAGCUGGAAGAAGAAGAGAGUACAGCCAGUAGCCUUGGGGCCCAUAAGCGCAAGCUGGAGGGGGAGCUCAAUGACCUCAAGAGGGACCUGGAGGGGCUUGAGUCCACUCUCGCCAAGACCGAGAAAGAGAAACAGGCUCUGGACCACAAAGUGCAUAACCUGACUGGAGACCUGGGCCAAAGAGAUGACAGUAUAGCCAAACUCCAGAAGGAAAAGAGAGCUCUCGAGGAGUUGCAUCAGAAAACUCUGGAUGAUCUCCAGGCAGAGGAGGACAAGGUGAACCACCUCACUAAGAACAACAGCAAACUCAACACCCAGAUCCAUGAGCUUGAAGACAACUGGGAACAAGAGAAGAAGAUCCGUGGUGAGGUGGAGAAAGCACGACGGAAAGCUGAGGGGGAUCUGAAAAUGACCAUUGAAAACCUGAACGAGAUGGAGAGAGCCAAGCUCGACCUUGAAGAGGCUGUCAAAAAGUAA